AUGGUGCUUACGCAUGACUUCAUCGUAUGGGACCGUCACGGUCGGGACACGUUUUUGCUGGACUCAGAAGAUACACUGCAGAUCGCUAUUAAGGAUGAGGAGGGAAUCAUGGCGAUCAAUCUGGCGCGCCUCACAGGCGCACUCUCCAUGCUACCCAUGGCUUUCUACCUCUGCAGUAAUCUGACUCCUUCUGAGCUCAUCAGAGGGGUGACUCGUCAAGAUGGUACAGUCGAACGGCUAUCUGCUGACGAUCUAGCGGCUUGCAUGGAGGGGCGGGUGCGUCUCACUACCGCAAAUACAGUUGGGAAUGCAAGUAUCUACCUUCAAAACAGUCCCGCCUGCUCGAGGAGACCGCUGUGUGCUGACAGCUUCAAACGGUUCUUGCGCAUUGGCCUUAUAUUUUCGCCGACAGACUCGAUCAGCCACCAUAGUCUGCACCAGCGGGAUGGAAGCCUGAACAACAUCUGCGAAAAUGAUAAAGUGUGCUGGGACUGCAUCACAUUCCUGAUGACGAGCGAUUAUGAAAGGAGGCGCAAACUAUGGGAAAUACUCCCGUCCAUCUUCGGCUUAGAGGACUGGAAGCAUCUUCGGGCUGCUGAGUCUGCAUGA